UCGUGUGUAGAGCGUCGUAAGAGACGCACGUAGCCACGUGCACCCCUAUGCAAGUGCCAGCGUUUGCUCGCGUGACAUUCGGACACGCCGUCCCCCGUACACCCCCGGGGGCCCCGUCAAAAGAGCAAGACCCUGAGCGCGCGCCCGCACCCUACUGACCGCCCUUGCCGCUCGGACUUACCUGCCUGCGUUUACUUGCCAGGUCCUGGCACACCUGAGCACCGGCCGGCUCACCUGCCGCUCGUUAGAAGCCAGCAGACCUAGAGAAAUUUUCACUUCCCCGCGCCGUUAGCCGCCCGCCUUGCCUAGGAAGAGGAAGAAACACCCCCUCGCGCCUGUCAGAUGUCCCGGUGACAAGAUGUGGAAGCACGUGAUAGCGGUGUUGACCGCGACCAGCCUCCUCGGGUGCCACGGCAGUCUCAACCUGUUCAUCAGUAAAAAGGAGUCUGUGCGCCUGUUAGGACUCGCUUCUGAGUUGUACUACAUUCGAGACGGAGUUGUCAAUCAGUACGCCUUGAAAUUCAACGUUCCUGUUCCUGCCAACUUCACCGAGAUCUACUUCACAUGGCGAAGCAAUUCCUCAAAGAAGAUGCCAUACUCUCUUUCAAUAGACGUUGUUUCCAACCAAAACGCCUUGGAUCGGCCAACUGCCAACAUCACAACGGUGGGUUUCGUGCCAACGGAGCAGGAGAUCUUCAAAGUGGUGUUGCCCUGCACUGGCAAUCUCGACGCUGAGGUGGAUGUCAACAUUUCCAUCAACGUUACUAGUGAAAAGAAAACUGUCACUGCGAUCACUUUGAUGAGAAAGAAGUUUUGCCUCCAAAGAAAAUCUACUUUGUCUGAGAGCAACGAUUUGUCUCAAUUCUCCUCGGGGCAUGUCUCUGUGGACACUUCUCCAGAAGCGUCAGGGCCAGAGAACAACAACCCGUUUAUCGCAGCCGCGGCGUGUGCUUUCGGCCUGUUGGUCUUUGUUGCGGUAUUCUUAUCAAUUUGCUGCGCUAGAAACAGAAACAAGUCCAGGCGCCAGGAUGUCAUCCAGUCCCUUUGCAGUGACUCGCGCAUGAUUGCGAAUUCCCAACUGACUGGACCGCUGCUGCACCCCAAAGCCUACACGCUGCCAGCCCCUGUGGUGCCCACUCCGUCGCCAAACAAUUUCCACCACGGUGUACCAAUCAUCGCCCCUGCAGGCUCCAGCUCUGCCAAGUCUGGUGCCAGUAGCUACGCCAGCUACUCUUCAAGGAGGCAGCCAUCUCGGCACCACGAGUCGGCUCACUCUGUCCUCGGAGGAACGGCUUCAGCUGCUUCGGUUUGCCAGGUGCCCUCAGUCGUCACUAGCAGGGACGACCGGACACACGAUAUUACAGAACGGAUCAACGAACUCACCAUUCAGAGAUGCCGCGUACGGCUAAAAAGCGUGGUGCAGGAGGGAACCUUUGGAAGAGUCUACCUCGGCUCCUAUGCUGAAGCGCUCACCAUGAAGGAGGAAGAUGUCCUCGUGAAGACGGUGGUGGACCAAGCAUCUCAAGUGCAGAUCAACUUACUGCUGCAGGAGGGCACGUACCUGUACGCCCUCACUCACCAAAACUUGCUCGCAGUGAGAGGGGUGUCUCUCGACGAAAAUAUACCCCUUCUUAUUUACCCUUACAAGGGCCACAUAAAUCUCAAGAGGUUCCUCUUAAACUGUCGCCAUUACAAUAGCGACGGAGGCAUGUCUCACAUGAUAACCACGCAGAAAUUUGUGGACAUGGGCCUUCAGGUCAACGCAGCCAUGCGUUAUUUGCAUAGGAAGCAAAUCAUUCACAAAGAUAUUGCUGCCAGAAAUUGCAUGAUUGAUGGCAAUUUUAGGAUACAAAUUGCCGACAAUGCUUUAGCUAGAGAUCUCUUCCCAAUGGACUACCACUGUCUGGGCGACAACGACAACCGACCAAUUAAAUGGAUGGCAAUCGAAGCCCUGAACCGCCACGAGUUCACAACUAAGUCUGAUAUGUGGGCAUUUGGAGUCCUCCUGUGGGAAAUCGUCACACUGGCGCAAGCUCCUUACUCAGAUAUUGAUCCCUUUGAGAUGUCAGAAUACCUGGAGAAGGGUUACAGACUCGCCCAUCCUCUUAAUUGUCCAAAUAAACUGUUUGAUGCCAUGGCAUUUUGUUGGUUAAUAGAUCCACAGGAAAGACCAUCUGCGACCCAGAUGGAACAUUGUCUGCAAGAGCUGUACAAUCAAUUGACCCUAUUUGUGUGAUCGUAUCAAUUAAUUGACUCUUCAAAGACUUGAUUUAGAACUUUGAUAAACUGAAGUCAUCAUCAUGUGAAUUAGUGCGCAUGAAUCAUGUCGCGUUGGUGUCCAAAAACAAUAUAACACUAUAAAUAAUCAAAAGUGGAUAUUAUCAGAGCUAUUUAUUAUGUCCAUUGGAUGAACUUGUAUACUAGAAUAAAUGUUCAUUGUAAAUAUGUAUUUUAAUGUUGAUAUCCAGAGUGAUCAGAGUUUUGUACAAAAAUGUAUGAGUCAUACAAGAAGAAAAUUAAAUAGAGAUGAUAUAAUAAAUGAAACAA